AUGUCCAAUUCCACUCCGGCCCAGGCCAAGGCCGACCCCUCCGACCAGCCCCAGCAGCAACAGAAGCCCCAGGUGCUGGAGGAAGAUGACGAGUUCGAGGAUUUCCCCGUGGAAGACUGGCCCCAGGAAGAAGCCGAGCAGCCGGCCGGCUCGUCGGCGAACGGCGGGAGCGAGCAUCUGUGGGAGGAGAGCUGGGAUGAUGACGAUGCCGCGGAGGAUUUCUCGAAGCAGUUGAAGGAGGAGCUCAAAAAGGUCGAAGCAUCGCACUAG